AUGGCAGAUUCACCAUCGAAUUUAGCUCCAGCUCCAUUGCUCAAGCGAAAACGAAGUGAUGGGCCCAGUAAUUGCACUUCCAACUCCGCAGAUUCACCCAACGCGUCCUCCCUAGACCGUGCCACACCUACAACCGACCCCAAAUCCCAACAAGACGCGCCGAUCAAGCAGACGAAAGGCAAAGGAAAAGGAAAGAAGGCUGCUACGAAACCUCCAAAGCGUACUCCAGCAGCGCCAUUACCAGAUGCCUUCAAAAGCCUCUCCCAAACGCACCGUGCCUUGAAUCUCAUAUAUACAUUCUGCUGUACGCGCAAACACUUUGCCACGACAUUCGACAAUAUCAAAAAGGCUGUCCAAUCUCAGCUUGGUCAAGGUCGUGAACUCACAAUCGAAGAUGUCGCACGAGUCAAGGUUCUGGUCCCAGGGGCCGUCCGCUUCGAGUAUGUGGACGAAGCCAAGUUGGAAGUCAUGACCAUGGGCGACCAGGAGAUGGCCCCGUACGGUAUGCAAGCACGACAAAAUAUCGCAGACAUGGCAGACACGGAUGCGACCGAAGAAGGUGGCGGUCUUGAUUGCUUAGACGGCACGAAGCACGUCCUGCUAUUCGAAUUCGUAGACGGCGAUCUCAAACGCGAAGUGCUGCACCCGAAAACUGGGCAGCCUACCAAACCAGUGCGCCGUAUGAAAGAUGAAGAUCUGAAAAUGCCCGUCUACAGUCAGAAGCAGAUGCUAGGUCUGAUUGAGAAGCGGAAUACCAAAUUCUCAGACGCUAUGAACGCGUUCCUGGUGCAAUGCGAGGAUAACCAGACAGAUCCGGUCGAGUGCCUCGAGCAGGCCAAAAACGCUUUCAUACCCACUCCUCCGAGUAGUGGAGAAAACACCCCGGCUCUGGCCGCGAGGCCGCCGGCAACGAUUCCCAAAGAACGAAAGUCCAUUGAGGAAAUUCUUGCAGAGAUUCGGGAGAUGGAGUGGUACCAUGCCCAAAUCGUACCUGAGGGCCACCGCGUGUUUGAGGCUCAAUCUCCUGCGUUUGGUGAUUUGACAUUUCAAUUAUCGCAGGACCUUGUCAAUGCACUAUAUAACACAAAAGGCAUCACCCAGCUAUAUGCUCAUCAAGCCGAGGCAAUCAACCAUUUAUACGACGGUCACAACGUGAUAGUCUCGACAUCUACAAGCUCUGGAAAAUCACUCAUUUAUCAAGUUCCCAUGCUUCACGAGCUUGAAAAAGACUCGGAAAGCAGAGGAAUGUAUAUUUUCCCAACCAAAGCUCUCGCGCAAGAUCAACGACGCAGCAUGAUGGAUCUUUUACAGUAUAUGGAGGGACUUCAGCACACUAUGGUUGAGACAUUUGACGGAGACACACCGAUGAGCAGUCGCAACUUGAUUCGCGAUGAGGCACGAAUCAUCUUCACCAAUCCUGACAUGUUGCACAUAACAAUCCUCCCACAGGAAGGUUCCUGGCGAACCUUUCUAAAAAACCUGAAGUUUGUCGUCGUCGAUGAAUUACAUGUCUACAACGGUCUCUUCGGAUCUCACGUCGCUUUCAUCAUGCGGCGACUUCGCAGAAUUUGUGCCGCGGUGGGCAAUCGCCACGUCAAAUUUAUAUCUUGCUCUGCGACCGUCGCAAACCCAGAAGAUCAUAUGAAAUCUAUCUUCGGGAUUGAUGACGUGAAGCUCAUUGAUUUCGAUGGCUCUCCCUCAGGACGCAAAGAGUUCGUUUGCUGGAAUCCUCCAUUCAAGGACCCAAAAGAUCCUACCUCUGGACGAAGUGACACUGUGGCUGAGACUGCCCGGCUGUUUAGCCAGCUGAUCCUGAGGGGUGUGAGAGUCAUAGCCUUUUGUCGGAUCAGACAGCUUUGCGAGGUCCUUCUACAGGCCGUGCGAAAUGAAUUCGACAGACUUGAGCGCAAAGAGGUCGGUAAGAUGGUGAUGGGCUAUCGAGGCGGAUACAGUCCCCAAGACCGACGUCAGAUCGAGAAGGAAAUGUUCGAGGGACGGUUGAUGGGCAUAGUCGCAACCAGUGCCCUAGAACUAGGUGUUGACAUCGGCUCUCUCGACGCAGUCGUAACCAUGGGAUUCCCCUACUCGAUCUCCAACUUGCGGCAACAGAGCGGACGUGCAGGACGGCGCAACAAGGAUUCCCUCUCGGUGCUCAUCGGAGAUCGAUAUCCAACCGAUCAACACUACAUGCAGAACCCAGAUGAGAUCUUCACGAGACCAAACUGCGAGCUACAGAUCGAUCUCACAAACGAGCUCAUCCUCGAAGGCCACGUCCAAUGCGCUGCAUUUGAAAUGCCUAUCCGCCCCGAUGAAGACAGCGUCUACUUCGGCAAUCAACUACUAGCCCUGGCCCCAACCCGUCUAACAAAAGAUACCCUCGGCUUCUACCACUGCCACCCCCGAUUCCGGCCCCAGCCAUCUCGCUGCGUCUCAAUCCGCGACACAGAAGACCAGCACUUCGCCGUGAUAGACACAACCAACAACCGCAACAUCGUCCUCGAAGAAGUCGAAGCCUCGCGCGCCUUCUUCACAAUCUACGAAGGAGGCAUCUUCCUCCACCAAGGCGCAACAUACCUCGUAAAAGAACUAAACCCAGAGAAAUUCCUCGCUCGCGUCGUCCGCGUCCAUGUAGACUGGAGUACCAUGCAACGCGACUAUACGGACAUCGACCCGCUGGAAACCGAAACCAUGCGCUCAGUCGGAAACGGCGAAACCGCAUCCCGCGCAUUCUUCGGUACUAUCCAGAUCCACGCCGUCGUCUACGGUUUCUUCAAAGUCGAUAAACGAGGCCGCGUCCUCGACGCAGUCGCAGUCGAUAAUCCCCCCAUCGACCGACUGACCCGAGGAAUGUGGCUCGAUGUCCCUACUAUCGCCAUCGAUAUCCUCCAAUCACACAGAUUGAACGUCGCGGCCGCCAUCCACGCCGCCGAACAUGCCGUCCUAUCCCUCCUACCUUCAUUCGUAGUCUCGUCGCCCGGAGACGUGAGAACAGAAUGCAAAGUCGCAAAGAAAGAACUCGGACGACCGCUCCGUCGCGCAAACGCAAACGUCCCCGCCGAAUUCGAAGAUAAGCUCAAGCCGCCUUCGCGACAGCGUCCUGCUCGACUUACAUUCUAUGAUGCGAAGGGCGGGGCGUGUGGAUCCGGUAUUGCGAGUAAGGCGUUUGAAUUCAUUGGGCUGCUUUUGAGUCGUGCGGUCGCGCGUAUAGAGGCUUGUUCUUGUCUUUCGCCGCAGGGGUGUGUGGAGUGUGUUUGUGAUGAGCGGUGUAAGGAGAUGAAUGUUGUUAUGAGUAAGGCUGGGGCUGGGGUUGUGUUGAGGUGUUUGCUGGGGUGGGAUGUUGAUGUUGAUGCUUUGCCUUUGGGGGAGGAUUUGGAUGGGGGGACGUUUGGGGUUGGUGGGGAAUUGGCGGGCGGGUUGGAGACUGUGGUUAGGGCUGAGGAUGUUCCGUGGAAGGCUGGGGUUCGAGCGGAUGUCACGGCGUGA